UCACAACUUUAUUAGACAGACUUUUAUUGUGAAAUGUAACGGUUGAACGUCCGGGUCGCCGGUUCACGAACAGUCACUGCCAUUAGCAUCUAGCCGUAGUUGUGAGGAAAAAGGCCAAUCAAAAUGCAAGCGUCUCUAGUGAACUUCGUUUUAUUUUCAUCUCUGCAGGUUUUGUUGUCUUUGACGUGCUUUCACGAGGUUGUGGAAGCAGCCAGCGGGAAAGGGUUUGGAGAUAACAUCCACUGGAGGACGCUGGAUGAUGGCAAGAAAGAAGCUGAGGCCAGUGGGCUGCCAAUCAUGCUUAUCAUCCACAAGAGCUGGUGUGGAGCUUGCAAAGCACUGAAGCCCAAAUUUGCUGAGUCCAAGGAAAUCUCUGAACUUGCACACAACUUUGUUAUGGUCAACCUGGAGGAUGAGGAGGAGCCAAAGGAUGAAGCCUUCAGCCCCGAUGGUGGAUACAUUCCUCGGAUUCUUUUCCUCGAUCCCAGCGGUCAAGUCCAUCCUGAAAUCACCAACAAAAAUGGGAAUCCCAACUACAAGUACUUCUACAGCAGCGCCGAACAAGUUGUGUCCGGUAUGAAGGAGGCGGAGGAGAAACUGACAGGCGACGCCUUCAAGCAGGGUCACGCUGGAGACGAACUGUGAGCAGGCAGACGGGCAUCAGGCCGUAAGGGCUACACUUCCUCGCCUGAGCCUGUGCUUCAGAGCUUUCACUAUUCAACUCGUUCUUUAGACGGUGGCGUCCAUCUCACUGAACCCAAACCGAGCAAACCUUUAAAAGGCGUUGGUGCUUGAGGAUUUAUUUUAGUCCAGUACGGUUUUUCCAACACUACUACUCAUUUCCUGUCAUCGUCUUUGUUUGUGUAUAUUUGAACUGUUAAUUAAAUGCCAUGUACUGUACUUACUGUCUGUAGAGGAUACAACCAACUCAAGCUAGCCAGGUAACUUUACUAACUCAUUUGCAUACACUGUUUUUUGAUGGAAACUUCACAUCUGGAAAAUGCCAAGUUUUAAGUAAAUUGCCUUGUUUGUAACUAGACAACCAUGACAGUUAAGUCUUUUUUACUGUAGUUAUGAGAAGUUUGACAAACACCGUGUAGACAACUUUCCCAUUCAUUUUAACCAGUAGUUAUGUUUUCACCCAACAGCAAUGAUAAAGUACUUUAUAAUAUUCAAGAUCAAUAGUCAAACACCUACAGUAAUGUGCUUCCAAAAUCCUCUACAGUACAUUCAUUAUAUCUGUGAUAAUAUUUACCAUGUACUACAACAUGGAGCUCUGGACUUCUGAUUUCUAUUAUCCAAAUCUGUAAAAUAAUAAGUAUUCAUUUAAUCCUGCCAUUGUAUGUGUACUUAAGCUAUAUCUACAAUGUUUUUUUCCUGUUCUGGAUUUGUUUUGCUGCUCGUGAAGUGACACCACUCAGUUCUUUUUCCCCCCAGCCUUGUUAAACUCUUUGAGGGAUGCAAACAUUGGUUGUGUGUCUCGAUGUAUUUUAU